CGAACGCGUCUCGUCUGUUGAUCAUCAUCGGAUGCCACAUAAUUUGGUCGAUGUACCACCACUAACACCUCCAUUUUGUCUAUAUGCUCGGCUUCAGGCCAACUAAUGCGUCCUCGCCAGCGAAGCCCCUUAUUCCAACUCAACGUCCGUCAGUCUCCGCCCAGGCAACAAUAUCUGAUGUCUCCCGCGGGUCGGCGGCCUCAAAAUCUGAACUACAGAACCUGACGUCUGUGGAAGUCGAGUUUAUUGACGCUGUUGUCAAACGAAUACCCCCAGGCGCUACCUCGUUUCUCUCCGGACUCAAGGCAUACAACGAUGAACUGCACGAUCGGGGUUGGGAUAGCCAGACGGAAACAGUGCAUUACGGGAGGCUGCUGGAGCUCUGCAAAAUCCGGGGACCAAGCUGGAAUCACAAAUGGGAGGGGGUGAAACAGCAGUAUGGUUAUUGCGGCAUACCCUCGACGAUCCCAAUCCCUACAAUGUCUGCCAAAGCACCCAUUCCGCCGACGAAGCCUGCACGAUCCUCUACCCGUUUAGCAACCCCCAUCCGCGACGAAGAUGACGAUGUGUUUACCCUUCACUCACACCAAGACCAAGAGCAGGAUGGAACUCCAACAGAAACGCCUUCUUCUGAUGCCGAGUCCGAACAGACCCCUCUUCGGCCCCUCACGCGCCUGAACCAGGCCACACGCCCGAACGCAUCAGUGUUAUUGACGCGGGUGACAAGGACGCCUGCCAACCGCCCUUCGAAUAACAUUCUUCCACCUGCUCUUACACGUGUAUCUACACCCCGUCCUCAAACAGUCGCUGGUCAUCGGCCAGCUGUAUGGGAAGAAAUGUCAGACACCACCGACGGUUGUGAUGUACCAGGCUCCUUAUCAACCACUCCACCAUCUUAUCGCGCUGCUGUUGGGAGCAAUAACUUUGCCACGCCCGUCCCUGUGAGCGCACGGGGUCAGCAGAUCCCGAGCGCAAUGUCACCGAUGAAAUACCCCGUAACAGUCAAUCCGACUGAAUUUGCAAAAGGUCGCGAGCGCAAGGGAGCCGUAAUAAAUGAAGAUGAAGCAUGGAAGAAAAUUAAAAUGUCACGAGACGAAGAGGAUGCGGAUAAGUUCCGUGAAGAUAAACUCCUCGAACGCUGUUGGGAGAUCUGGGUCCUCGGUUACCAGUGGCUGGUGACAACGAACGAACAAGUUGUUCAAGCUCGAGAUAAUGUAAUUCUAGGUACUUCAUUACGCUCCUGGCGGAAUGCCACUGCCUCGCGCCUUGAAGUGCAUGCUCGUGCUGCCUCCAUCGCCGAUGCGCGCUGCCUUCGCUUCGCCCUUGAUAUUUGGAGGGCAAAGCAUAAGCAGAAAAAGCAGCUACAGUGGCGUAAUGACAUGCGCGCCAAGAUGAAGACGGUUCGCGAAAGGCAUGAAACUAAACUCAUCAAAUAUGCAUGGGUCAAAUGGCAACAGUCCCACCGCACCUUUCUGAACGAGCUGCAGUACAAUGAACGCAUAGUUACACGGUACUUUCUGCGAUGGAAAAAUUCUCUAUCGAAGCUAGAUCGCAUGGAUUCUGCUGCAGAUGACUUUUCUCAGAGAAUCAAGGGGAGCGCUGCUCACAGGGCAUGGAAACGCUGGCAAAAAGCGAUGGCUGCAAGAGAUGCUGAGAAGACUGUUGCGCACAAGGUGGCACUCAGGAUCCAAGGAAUCGUGAUGGAUUUGUGGAAGAAGCAGACCCGUGAGCGUCAGACGGCGGAUGCUUAUCGCGAUGUUGCUAUCUUAAAGCGAACGGUACGAUCAUGGAAAUCUGCCAGGGAUCGUUUACGAGUCAUGGAAAGGCGUGCCGACAAAUAUCUUGCUCGUCAAGAUGCUUUCUUGAUCCGAGCUGUCGCUAGGGUUUGGAAAGCUCGCGAACGUGGCAAGCUGCUCGAAAGGGUGAGAGAUAUGCGUCUAGUCAAAAAUUCGAUGGCUGUUUGGAAAGAUUGCUUGCGUUCUCGCAAGCAUCUCGAAGAUUAUGCUCUCGCAUUCUCCAUGCGCUCCGACUCAUAUGGUGUCUCUUCAGCUCUACGAACUUGGCAUCAGGUCUAUACAAUUUACCAAAAUCGUCGCGCGUUUGCUGUCCAACGCCACCUUGCUCGUGUGCAGUAUGAUGCGCUACUCAAAUGGCGCAUCCAGCUGAGGGAAAAGAUGAAGCUGUUGAAACAAGCUCGAUUCGUAGAGAAGUUCAUCCUUCAGCGACGGACUUUGAAAGUCUGGAAGGCUAAGUUUGAGGAACGCCAAAGGCUGAAGAAACUAAAAGAGCUUGAGAUCCAUCGACUUCGCGCUUUUGCAACAGCCUGGCAUCAGAAAUAUCAAAAACAACGGUUCCUUCGGUUGGCAGGGCAGCAAAUACAUGAUCUCGUGUCUCUGCGAAUAAAGCGGGAUGCUCUAAGACUCUGGACCAACCGUGUCAUUGAAAUUAAGCUGCGGGAACUGGAAAUCAGCCAAAAGAAUGCCCACGCGCUAGCAAUCUUCGCCUUCAAGAAGUGGAAGAACAUAUGUUUGCGCCACGUCGAAGACCUUAGCCUCAUGGAGAGUCAUCUUGAUAUCAAACGGGCCGAGAGCGUUCGCAGGAUGUUCCAUCGCUGGCUUACGGCGGCCCGUGCUCGACGUCACAAACGCAUUACUUUGCGCGAAAAGGAACUCGAAUUCGAUCAGGCAAGUGUCCAGGUUGCAUGGAACAGAUGGAGAGAACGUUACAUGGAUGAGAAACUGCGACCUCUCCUAUGCCAGAUAGCCAUUCAGAAUCAAAAGAAUUGCCUCUUCCGUGCGUUUGGUAUUUGGCAUUCGAAGACCAGAUCUCUCCCAGCCAUCCGCUUCCAAGCCUCACAGACCAAGAUGAGAUAUUGGGCUAUCUGGAGAGCUGCUAUGCCUCAGGCACUUCAGGCUAAGAGAGCGCGAGAGACUCAUAACCUUGCUGUGCUCAAUCGAGCAUUUGAAAAGUGGCACCAAGCCUUCAAGACAAAAACGCAUUUGAAGGAAAUAGCUCGCGCUCGUUAUCUUCGCUUGCCGUCCGUCAGUCCCGGGCGAGCCAACCCAACACCCAAGCCCCCAAUGCGCACUAGUCGCAGCCCAUUCCCUCGUCAAAACAUUCGUGUAGACAGUGAAACAGAAGACUCGGAUGCAAGACCAAGCCGCCCUGCCGCUACUCGAUCUUCUGUUCUGGUAACCAGACCUGGCAUUGCAAGUCUUCUUGCAAACCGAACGCGUAAUGAGCCUGUUGGCCGCCACAGCGCCAAGGCCUCAAGUCGGGGGCCUCGUGAUCCCAGUCCGACGAGAUCGAACAAAACUUCUAUACCACCAUCUCAGGCACCGCCCUCACCAGUGCGACCCAGGUUCACGGCGAGACGGGCUAUUAGUCCCGCAAGGUCCAAGAGCUCUUACGCAAGGGAAGUUAGUCCCACGAGGUCAAAUUACAGCUCUGCACCGCGGGAGGAGCCCGAGCGCAGUCGACUCUGGCAGGAGCUGAGACAAGUGCAGAGGAGGCCAAGACCCCCUACGGAAAAGUCACGAACACCUGAACCUCUUUGAUGAGGGCAUGUUGUCCUCCUUACUUAUAAGUUAUUGA